CCACGUUAACUUUGCUGUGAUUGGUUGUUGACUCAGGCUUGUUCAUAUUUUCUCACGGCCCAUAUUAGUGACCUAGACCUUAACGUAGAUUAGUGCCAACCAAUCGGCUAGCAGCCUGCUCUCACCACAGUAGGAAGACCAUAUGUAUUAUUGAUAUAAGUAUAAAGUUUAGGCACUAUGGUAGAGCAUAACUCCAUUAUAGCUUAAUUCCACACUGUAUUAUUGGUGCAAGUAUGGUACAAGAAUGUAAACAACACUACUUUUCUCUCUGUUCUUCCAAUGUUUCUUUUCGGCAUGUAGAUUAGUGGAUACAGUUGGAGGUAACAUGAGGUGGGAUCUUGUUCCCUUUGAUUGUAUAAACACCUGGUCGUUUGAUAAACACAUUAUUGGCGGUUGGAUACAUUCUUUUCAGGGUAAUGUUCAGUCCGCAUUUGAUUCUACCAGUGGUAUCAUAUCACCUUUGAAAGCAUGUUGUAAAAAGAUGAAUAUUUUCUCCAGGUUUCUUUUUUAUGAAGAUAUACCUUUCAAUUUAACCAUCUGUGCCAAUUUGGAUAUCAUGAUAAAGAAAGCGAAACUCGCCCUCACUUUCAUACUCCGCUAUAAACUUUAUAUUAGGAUGAAAAGUAUUCAGGACGUUGAAUAUUUGAGAUUCCUCAAUAAAACGAUCACAAAUGACUGGUGUGUCAUCGGGCAUAGCUGGCAUGCAAUAAUUGCAUAACUAGAUGUAAUAAAAUACAUUGAAUAGAGCGUAUAACAUCGAGAAAUCAGGAGAAUCGUGCUCUCCUACGUUUGCGUAAUAAUCGCCUUCUAUUUUUGAUCAGUGACUCUUUAAUUCCUGAGGAACCCAAUCGCAAUACAGCAGAUUAGCGUUGAAUAUUCUCCCUAAUAUAACCUGUCGCCUCAUUACAAAAUUAUAUAGCAAAUUGUAAAAGUUCUGCAACUUGUCUGCAUAAUUUUGCUAAGCUGAAGGCAUAAACUAG